UUCAAUGUUCGUGUGAGUGCCGGUACCUUUUAUGACUAAACUGUUAUCAAUGCUAACAAAUUUGGCACUAACUGAAAUAAAGCCACCACGAAAAGCUCGUCGAUGAUAACUGUGUCCGUGUUCCGACUGGGCGGGAGCGGUGGUGCAUCUGUUCCAAGCGGCAGUAGCGGCAGUGUGUCUGCAGGUUUAGAAGUGAGAUAUGAAUUUCUUCCGCUACAACUAUGAUCCGUAUUCGCUCUGAACAGGAGUAUAGUAAUUAAUCAAUCAAUCAAUCAAUCAAUCAACCCUUGAGCUCUAAGAAACCUGAAGCCAGACGCAAUGUAAUCCGCAAUGUAAUGCUACAGAACAUCAGAGUUAACCGCCGCAGCAGGCAAAAAGUGCUCGCAGAGAUGUGCUCAGAAAUCAAUCCGAGUCGUCAUGCGUAUCGACGCAGAUUUGCGUUUCGUUGCUAACAGUAUGGUGCCUAUUAUAUUGGAAUUAAUUCUAGAGAAUACUGUGUAGUUAAGUAACUUUAUAACUUUUAAUUCGGAUUUGGUGCAGCGUAUAACAUCGCUUAUAAAUGGCGGACUUAAAGGAUAGCAAUUUGGAAUUAGGCAAUGACUCGGAAAUCGCACAGGCGGAUUUUCUCCUUACGCUAUCGUCUUCGCCAUCGUUUCAGUGGUGCAAUGCAACUGAAGUGUUGUCAGGGGGGUGCCCAGCCCAUUUCGAUGGUACGCUUUGUUGGAGUCCAACGCCAUCAGGGGAAACCCUCAACCUCUCUUGUCCGGGUGACUUACCACACUAUAGUACACACACUCCUACAAUUUCUCCUGCCUUUUCUUAACUACGCCUAUAAUCCUAUAGUACUCUACAAGGUAAGCAUGGACAGGAGCGCAGUCAAUUGCAUCGAUGCUACCUACUCGUCGAAAGGUCACUUCCGAAUAAGGGCAGACGGUCAGUGAUCUAUAUGCAUGUCUAUUCGGGGCGUCAGAAAGCUCAUCACCGCUUCGUUUGCUGAUCCUGGUAUUUCCCGAUAGUUCGUCCUGGAUCUCACUGUGGUAAUCGUCAAUGGGACCUUACUGACAACCGUAUAAUUUACACUGUUGUUGAUAUGUGGGCAAACCCUAACUUGCAAGUUUAGCUAAGUCUACCUCGUGUGCGAAUAACUGACCAAAUAUCAACUAACUGAACAAGGAGUCACUAUUUUGAGUA